GGUUCCCACCUCGCUCGAGGCUCUGACGCCCCCGCUCCUGCCGGCAGGCGGGCAGCUCACACGGAGGAGCGGCACCUGCAGCAGCCCAGGGCCAUGUGCAGUCCAUGAGGGCAGCCUCGAGAGCCUGGAGCCCCGACUCCCGGCCAGAGACGCGACGGCAGACCAGGAAGAAUGUGGCAGCCACUCCGGGCUCACCAACGCCCGAGGCAGGGAGGGAGGGCGACAGGAAGUGCCCCCCCUCGAUCCUGAGGCGAAGCCAGACGGAGCGUCCUGGCUGCAGGGCCGAGUCGCUGAGGACCUCGAAGCGUGUGAGGUUCCAGGAGCCCGUGGAGGCGGCAGUCCACUUUCUCCUCCCCAGACAUCGCCGGCAGGGAGCCCACACCCGCCACCAAGGCACCCCGCCGACCCGGGCCCCACGCCCGCCCCCUGCUCCUGGGACUGUCCCUGUGCCUGCUGCUGGCGCUGCUGCUCGGCCUGUGCUGCGGCCGCCCCGGGCCCGUCGCACUGGCCCUGGAGAACCUGCGGGCCCGGCUCCUCGCUCUCGCCCUGCACCUGCGGCACGCGGUCCUCGCCUGCUGGCACUGCCUGCGGCCUCUGUGACCCCAGCGACGCCAGGGGCCCUGUGGGCGGGGUCCCGGGAGCCACGGAGGGUCUGGAGCAGCGCGGGGUGAACCCGGAGCUCAGGGGGCUGCAGGCGGGGGCCCGAGGCCUGGAGACCAGACACAGGAUACGCAUUCCCUGCAAUCGGCACAGUGCAGGCCGGGGCCCACGGGACGCUUCCUGAGGAGCAGGGCUCCACUUCCAAAUCUCGGGGUCCCCAGGGCCCCUCUGGCUUCUCUGGGAUCCCAAAGCGGGAGGAGGCCCCCGUGGUCUAGAGGGGACCCUCCAGCAUCUCGGGCCCCCCACACCAGCCCAGGACUUCUCUCAUCUGCCCAAACCCCACCCUGAGAGGACAGGCGGGUUGUGCCCCGUGUUCCAGAUGAGCAAACAGGGGCUCCGAGAGGCCAGGUCACGUGCCCAAGUCAUAGCGAGCACAGGCCCCGGCUUGGCCCUGCAGCCCGGUCCUGUCCAGGGACCACGCCUGUGGGGGGGGUGAGGGGGCCACGAUCACGACUAAAGGCUGGUCACCAGGAAAGCCAGGCAGAGACCUGCUGGAGAUGCAGGUCCAGACAACGAC